AUGGCAUCCCCAAUAGAAAUCUACCGCAAGGCAUGCACUGCUCUGGAGGUGCCCCCAAAUAGCGGGGUGCUACGCAUUAUGCCUGAGAGCACGGCGCACUUAAGUAGCUUAAGCGUCAUGCAGUUCGGACGCAACUUUCUUGGGGAUCGCGGCAUUGUGCCGCUGAUUUCUGUUCUCGCGCACGCCUCCUCCCUUCACACCCUCAAUCUGCGAGACAACGGAAUCGGGAACGACGGUGUGAGGGCUCUAUGCCGUGGACUGCGCCGCCUGCCAGCACUGAAGGUGCUAGAGUUGAGUGGAAACCCCUUCACAUUUCUGGCAGCGCGGCAACUCGUACACCUUUGCGAGGAUAGCGCCGCACUCACUGUGGUGGGGAUGGAAGCCACGCUCAUGACGGAGCCACUCAAGGCGAGCAUACUUCGUCGCAUUCACGAGGCUGUACAACGUCGGGAGAAGCGAAAGUGGGCUGCAGAAGAAUCUCUUGUAGGUGAACAUGGUGGCAUCAAAGGUGCGGCUGCGGGCGAGGCAGCACGAGAACCAGUAGUAGCGGCAGAAGUUAUGUUACGGUCUGCGACUCCUCUGGUGGAGGAUACGCCUGCGCCGCAUAAUUCGUCUCCGCAUGUUGAGGGUUCUCUCAAUUCUGUACACUCACUCGUCCUGCAAAGUCCCGAGAGUGCUGCAAGGAGCAGUAAGGUCAAACGCGAGGACCCGAAUGAGAAUGAGAAUGAGAAUGAGAAUGAGAAUGAGGGGAGCCAAACCGGAACCAAGCCGAUUGCAUUGGGACCCCCACUGUUGUCCCUGCUGUCAACAAGCGGUGUCAAUGAACAGCCAUCCGCGUGCUUUGAUGGCGACAAAAAGGCGGGGGAAGAAAUCCCUGCCGCUGCGGACGACAAUGGUGUGGAGUGGGUGGCUGACAAAACAAACGGAGAUGCGCUUCCUGAGGAGGCGGAUACGCUGAAAAUGACGCCACUGGAGGUAUUGCUGAGCGAGGAGGAAGAAGCCAUCCGGUGGCAGGCAUCAAAAGUUGAUGUUUCUUCAACAGCAGUCGCUUCCAUCCACACACCUGUUCAUCUCCUUCGAACAGUGUCAAAGUCAGCCGGGAAUGUUUCUGCCACUGCCUACGGAUCGUCCUUCUCGCAAGAGGUACAUGUAGCGGAGGCGGAAGGAAAGUUGAUGGAAUUUGCAUCGACAACGGCAAAGGAAGAUGAGUUUCUCGACCUUCUCUUUGGGAGUGAGGGAGAGUGA